AUGGAGGACGUUUACACUGUGGUGGAGAGGCUGAAGUUGGACCCGCAGGGAGGAUUGGCGGAGCUGGAGCGCCGGCUGAGGCCAGACGAGGGCGCGACUCUCGGCCCACAACAGCCGGCGGCCCCCGAGAACUGGCACGUGGUAGUUGGCGAGCUUCUGGAGAUGCUGGCCGUGCCAGAGGCCCAGUGGACCUGGUUCCGCCCGUCAGAAUCGCGUGAACAGCAAACUUUGCGCCAGCACAAACAGGCGCAACUACAGGCUCUGCGGCUGGUACUACAGUUCGGCGCAGUGUACGACCGGGCCAAGCUGCUGGACAGAGUAUCGCUCUACUACGACGAGCGCCAUCCGUGGUCGUCCCAAGAGUCUGCCCAGGCCGUGCGCGACAUUCUGCGCCGGGCCGAGCCCUCAAAAGACGAGAUCUUCCUGCUCAUGGACGGCUACGUGCCCAUGUUACGCGAAUUUAGCAAGGUCGGCCAGCACUCGGCAAAAGUGUCUGCUCGGGGGUACAGAAAAUCGCAAAACGCGGCCGACGGGCCCAGAGACACGCCGCUCGUGGGGCGCGCGCCCGUGGGCGAGGACGACCGGAUCAGGACGAAAUACAUGGCGCGGAUCGGCAGCCUGGCUUUUUUGGUGGAUUUUCUCGCGGGCAGCGACAUAGAAGCGCGCUGGAACGUGGUUUUCCUGCUUUUGCUGCACUACCUGGACGACCACGACGUGCUGGUGAAGAGCGCGGCGCCUGCUGCUGGACGCGAUUGCGCCGUGUCUGCUGGCGCUGCCGUCGCUGACGCCGGCGGCGGAGUCGCGGACGGUGCUGCCGACGGCGUACGCGACGGCAGUCGCCGUGCUGGCGGCCUCUGCGCGCGACCAGGACGAGCUCGAAAAACAGGUCGGGUGGCUGCUCGUGGACUACGCGCUGCCGGGCGUGGCGCGCGCGGGCGAGUACCCGGACGUGUGCGGCGCGCUACUGGGCGUCGUGGCCGCGGAGCUGCUGCCGAGGACGGGGGCGUUUGCCGCGGUGGUGGCGAAACAGACGUGCUACGCCGUGCUCGAGCUGCUGCGAAACCCGUACACCGCGCUCUCGCCGGCGACGGUCGACGCGGCGGUCGGCGUGCUGGAGCAGCUGGCGGCGCGGCCCCGCGGACUCGCGAGCGUGCGGUACGACGUGCUGGCGUGUCUUCUGAAGGUGGCGCAGCGGCUGCACCGGUACGCUGUUCGCGGCGGCGACGAGGUGCGGGCGAAAAUCGGCCGGCUCGUGUGGCAGCUCGACCUGACACAGCAGGAAAGAGACCGCGCACAAAAUUUUCUUCUCCGCCUGACACAGUGAAGACAAGACGGAUGCCCAAGUUUCUGACGCAGUCGCGCGAGGCGCUGCGCGAGAAGUACGCGGAGAUCAACCGGCGCGAGAAGAGCCGGCUGGUGGACGCGAUGCGGCACCGCGCGCAGUCGGCGUGGUCGUACGAGGCGGGCUUGCGCAACAGGGACCGCAACCGGUACAGCGACGUGCUGCCGUUCGACAAGAACCGUGUGCGGCUGCGGCGCGGGGACAACGACUACAUCAACGCGUCGUGGCUGGAGCUGACGUGUGGCGACGGCGUGGGGCGGUACAUAGCGGCGCAGGGCCCGACGGCGGCGACGUGGGGGGAUUUCUGGCAGAUGUGUGCCGAGCAGUGCGCGCAGGAGGUGGUGAUUGUGAUGCUGACGCCGCUGUUCGAGGCGGGCCGCGAAAAAUGCUACAAGUAUUGGUCGGAAAAGGAUUUCUGCGCCGGAGACGGGCUGGUGCUGGAAUUCGGGGGCGCGCGCGAAAGCGAGGGCGGGCACUUCACGGUGCGGCGGUGGACGCUGCGCGACGAGGCGAGCGGGGCGCUGAAGCCGGUGACGCAGUACCAGUUCCACGAGUGGGCGGAUUUCAGCGCGCCGGAGCAGGCGGCGUCGCUGGUGGAGCUGAGCAGCAGCGUGCACUCGCACGGCAGCCCGGACCCCGUGGUGGUGCACUGCUCGGCCGGCGUGGGGCGGUCCGGCACGUUCAUCGCGGUGGACUACUUUCUGCAGCACUGCACGGCGAGUCUGACGGCGCCAGACACCGACGACGCGCGCCACGACCUGAUCACGCCGGUCAACAACCACGAGGUGCAGGACCCCGUGCUGGAGAUCGUGUCGGAGCUGCGCAGCCAGCGCGUGCUGAUGGUGCAGCAGUUCGAGCAGUUUGCGUUCAUCUACGACUGCCUGCGGCAGUACUACAUCGACAGAUACCUCAACAGAACGUGA